AUGUUGAUCAGUUCCGAUAUACUAUCACACUCCGGCUUCAGCUGCAGCAUGCGGAGAAUUGCCCAUGGAACUCAGAGAAAAUACUCUAUUUGCUUCAACAGUUUCCUAUUGGCCAUCCGACUAGCUACCCCUGAUGGAUCGAUGGACAUGGUCAGGCUUGAUGGUGACGACUCCUAUUACAUUACAGCCAGCAUCGUAUCCAGGCCUCAACCCAAGAAAUUCAGCAAAGGGGACUUAUAUCUUCUUUAUCGGGGUGCAGUUAGCCACGUUGAUUUUGCCGCUUUCAAGCAAUGCUUCUCCGCUAUGAAUAAUGUCCGCUUGCUAUGGGUUACGAGAUGGAUACAAAUGGAAUGUGAAGACCCUCGCUUUGGCCUGUCCUUGGGCCUAGUUCGGACUUGUCGACACGAGAUUGCAGAGGACUUUGUAACCUUGGAGAUUGAUCAGUUUGACGGUACUGCCAUAGAGUCUGUCGUCAAGGUAUUAAACAAGAUCAAGUCACAACGAGAAAAGCCGUGGUUGUACCCCGAUUAUGAAUUCACUCUCCGGGGUGGUGUCAUUCACACUCCUCGCUUCCAGUGGAGUACUAUCGAUGACCAACUCACAAAAGACGCGGAUGGCUCAGCGUUGAAGGCGCUUGAUAUUGGCACCUAUGGCAUUAUCGGCUCCUUAAUAUGGGCAUCAGCAAGCCCAUCGCUAGUCCUUGCAGAAGGCGAGGUUGAAGUUGACGUGAAAUAUGAUACUCUUGUGAUGUUGGGACUUUUUAGCGACAUGAGCGAAUGCGGCAUUGAAGGGAGUGGUGUCGUUCGCAGAGUCGGAUCAGGCGUUCAAGAUCUCAAAGUGGGGGACUACGUUAUCCUGGCCUCGGUAGGGCUACUUUGCACUCGCAAGGUCCUACCAGCAAAUAAAUGUCUGAGACUUCCUGAAAAUGUUACGCUACAAGAUGCAGCUACAAUAUUUUGUGUCUUCACUAUGGCCAUCCAUUCUCUUGUGAACAUGGGGAAUUUACAGAAAGGCCAGUCUGUUCUGAUUCAUGCUGCAUGUGGCGGCGUGGGCCUUGCGGCGAUACAAGUAUGUCAAAUGAUUGGUGCCGAUAUCUACGCGACAGUCGGAAGUAAAGAGAAACGCCAACAUCUUACUGAAGCCCUGGGAAUUCCGGAAGACCACAUCUUCGAUUCUCGGAGUCCGCCAUUUCUCCAAGGAGUGAUGGCAAAGACCGGCAACAGGGGCGUUGAUCUGGUUCUGAACUCACUGUCUGGCGUAUUACUACGCGCUUCUUGGAAAUGUGUCGCGACCUUUGGGAAGAUGCUUGAACUUGGGAAGCGAGAUUUUCUUGGCCAUGGCCAAUUGGACAUGAGCAUGUUUUCUGGAAAUCGAUCGUUCAUUGGCGUCGACCUCCUGCAUCUUAGCAUCGAGGACCCACAGGCUUCAUAUGAGGUUGCUCAACAAUGUGUCCGUUACUUUCAAGAAGGAAAACUGAAGCCGAUUCAACCCAUUACCGCCUUCGGGGCCGACAAGAUUGCAAAGGCUGUUAGGUACAUGCAAACCGGUCAGCAUAUGGGUAAAAUCGUUAUUCAGCUUCCGGAUGAUCCAUUGGCUCUACCAGUAUCCAAGAUCCAGGAAGGGGCCACCUGUCUGCGCUCUGAUGUUUCCUACCUUCUAGUUGGCGGUCUGGGUGGGAUCGGACGUGCUGUUGCGAGGUGGAUGGUUGAAAAAGGAGCCCGGCACUUGGUUUUCCUUUCACGGUCUGGCCAAGCAUCUCCCGAAAGCCAAUCUUUGGUUCGAGAUCUUGAAAGUCAAGAUGGCUGCACCGUAACUGUUGUGGCAGGGAGUGUGGCGAACAUUGAAGAUGUCCGACGUGCAGUUGCUGCAUGUAAAAAGCCGAUAGGAGGAGUCAUGCAAAUGACAAUGGUGCUGAAACUUCUGAUGAACAUGGAGUACGAGGAAUGGACAGCCGCGCUUGCUCCCAAAGUCCAAGGGACAUGGAACCUCCACAAUGUUCUGGGCGACACACAGCUGGAUUUCUUCGUUCUGUUUAGUUCAUUGUCGGGUAUUUGCGGCUUGAGUGGCCAGACGAAUUACGCAGCAGCAAAUACGUUUCUGGACAGUUUUGCGAGGUACCGACAAUCUCGAGGAUUGAUUGCAAGUGUGCUUGACAUCGGCUUCAUGGGCGACGUUGGAUAUGUCUUUGAAAAAGCCACUGGUAUUCGGGAAAAGGCGUGGUCUGUUGCAGUCUCGGUUCUGGAGGAGAAGGAUCUACUCAAAGGCCUGAAGACUGCUUUCCUUUCUCAAUCAUCGAGAGGGCCUAGUCAGCUUGCGAUUGGCCUUGCUACUACAAGGCCCCUUUCUGAUCCGGGGGUGAUCCCAGUAUGGAGGCGCGAGGCGCGCUUUGCUCCAUGGGAGAAUGUCCUGACAGCAUCCAACGGACCGAAUGUGAAUUUGAAACACCAGGCAUUCAGGGAAUUUCUCAUCACGACUGAAAAUAAUCCUGCUUUGCUGGAUGACCCAUCGACGGAGGUGAAGGUGACUAUCGAGAUUGGUAGGAUGAUAGCGUCUCAUAUGUCCUAUCCCGAAAACAUGGAAGUGGAGGAGCUGGCAAAAAUCUCCAUUGAUUCUCUAAUGGCCAUUGAAAUCCGAAGUUGGUGCCGUCGACAUGCCGGGAUAGAAGUUUUACUAACGGAUAUAUCGAACGCGGAAAAUGUGGGUUGUUUGAGAAAAAUUGUCAUUAAGAUUCUCCGUGAGAAAUACGACAAGGCCGCUCCGACAGGUAGUCAGGAAGCUUCGAUUGCGUUGGCAGCACCACCAGAUGAAUUCGAACUCCUCCGACAGGAUGCGAACCUGGGAAAGACCAUAAAACCUGUUUCUGGCCCGGUCCCUGAUUGGCUCUCUGAAAAUGAAGGCCGAGUCUUUCUUACUGGAGCCACUAAGUUCCUAGGAUCUUCUCUAUUAUCUUUCUUGAUGCGUCUACCACAGGUCAAGACCAUUGCUUCUCUAAUCCGAGCACCUGACGCCGAGACAGGGCUGGCCCGGGUGAAACAGACCUUGGCCAAGUAUGAGCUCACCGUGGAUUCUGAGUCCAAACUCCAUGUGAUCCCGGGAGACUUGACUGAUCCGACUUUUGGCCUUGGUCAAGAGAAGUUUGACGAAUUUGCGCAAUGGGCAAGUGUAGUCUUCCAAUGA